CUGCCACCUGUGUCAGCAAGUUCUCCUCCACGUGCUCCAGGAACCUCCUGGAUUGUCUCCUGUCUGCUGGGUCGGAUUCCAGCUGACCCCUGAAGGAGGAAGUGCGAGAACACAGAAUUGUAGGUGCCCUCAUAGACACCAACCUCUUAAAACUCUUCUCCAGCUAAGCAGUGAAUUCUGUGCUGUCUUGAAAGCAGGGACAGAUCAUGACAGCUGUCUCGGGAGAGCAGGCUCCGGCUGGAGAGAGAAUGCUCAGGAUGCCCAGCUGCCUCCUAAAGCUGACCAGGGUGGUGCUGAGCCACAAGCCCUGUGCCCUGUUUAUCCUCAUCUUUGUGUUCGUAUCCCUUGCCUACCACAAGCUCUACUGGGACCCAAAGAGCAGCGGCCCCACCCACAGCUUGUCUGCUGAGAUCAGCUGUGCUCACUAUGUGCCUUCUCCCCUCGACAUUGCUGGUGGGCCCUCCCCUUCCACAGGAAAUGUGUUUUUUGUGGAGACCUCAGAGCAAACUGCCCCAAGUUACCUCUUCUCGUGCUCUGUGGAGUCAGCGGCCAGGACACACCCCAUGUCAAGAGUUGUGGUGCUCAUGAAAGGCUUGGCCAAAGGAAACGCCUCCUUGCCCAAGCACUGGGCUUUCUCCUUGCUCAGCUGCUUCCCCAACGUGGAAAUCCGGCCCCUGGACUUGACAGAGCUCUUUUCUGGAACACCUCUGGCACAGUGGUUCCUGCAGCCUCAGCGGCAACAGGAGCCUCAUUUUUUAGCUGUCCUCUCUGAUGCCUGCAGAAUUGUCCUCAUGUGGAAAUUUGGUGGCAUCUACCUGGAUACAGACUUCAUUGUGCUUAAGAACUUACAGAACCUCACCAAUGCCCUCGGCAUUCAGGACGAUGAUGAACUGAAUGGAGCCUUUCUGUCCUUUAAGGCUAAGCACAAAUUCAUGGAGCUUUGCAUGCAGGACUUUGUGGAGGACUACAAUGGCUGGGUCUGGGGGCACCAGGGCCCAGAGCUCCUAACUCGUGUCUUCAAGAAGUGGUGCUCCCUCGAGACUAUCACGAGCAUGAGCUGCAAAGGUGUGAGUGCUCUUGCCCGAGAAGUUGUUUAUCCUAUUCCCUGGCAGGACUGGAAGAAGUUGUUUGAGGCAGCCAGUGCCUUGGAGCUUCAGAAACUCCUUAAGAGCACCUAUGCAGUGCACAUAUGGAACAAACUGAGCCACGGGACCAAGUUAGAGAUCCCCUCCCAGGCUCUGCUGGCUCAGCUCUAUUCCCAGUUCUGCCCUGCCACCUACGCAAAGAUGAAGCAGGACUCUGAAGAGUUGUCAAGGCGUGCAGUGUGACCUGGGGCCCUUGGCUACAGGGACAUUCCCCAGCCUGAAGGAAACCGAGUGCCUUUGACCUUCCCCAGACUUGGUUUCUACACCCCAGAGCAGCUGUGUCACAGCUCUGUGGUUCUGUACCUGACAUUCCUGAUAUCUGCCUCAGAUCCUUUGUGUUUCAAAUUUACAGCAGAACCUGACUGCAGCCUCUCUUGCUGUCCUAUACAAGACCUGUUUUUGCAGGGAAGGUUGAACUCCUUCAUCAGCAUCUCUCAGCUGGUCCUCUCUUGGUGUUCUUCAAUGGCUCCUCCUGUGAAUCCCAGCCUGAGCAGCCCCUUGUGAUGUUUCAACAGCUAUAGGAACCCCUUACUCUCUGUUCAUUUGAAUUUUUCACAGAAUAUUCUGUGUUGGAAGGGACCCAUAGCCAUCUUGGGUCCAACCUCUGGCCACUCCAACAAUUGGGCCCUGCGCAUGACAGCAUCAUCCCUGGGGCCGUGACCAUUCCCUGGGGAGCCUGUUCAGUGCCCCAGCACCCUCUGGGGGAAGAACCUUUCCCUGAUACCCACCC